CCUUCUUGCAUCCUUCCUUUCUGUUUAUCGAAUUGUCUCUCGUCUACUGGACGCGGUAACAGCCAACCAACCACAGGAGAGCGUCUUCUCAGUCUCUGUUACCGUUUUUCCCGUUAUCUAGUUUAAUUCUUUCCGUUAUCGUAGUGCGUAUUGUGUUGGCUGUUAACUAACUGAAAUGGAGGCUUUCGUGGUGCAGGGAUUAGUAAAUGCAGGUUUUUCGACGAAUGUGCGACCUUCUGCAUCAUGAUCGUGUUUUUGUUUCUGGCUGGUUUGGAAUGCAAAGAGCGGUGGAGAGAUUCGAGCUGAGCGCCAAAGUCGUGUAUGAGGAUCAAGUUUAUGUCCAAGCAGGGAUUGGAUGACCGUCCCCACAUUUGUUGUGAGACUUUCUCCGUUGAAAGUCACGAGAACUAACGAUCCGCAAUGUACUACGGACAGAGCGGCAAAGCCCAAACAUAAUUAUAUAUAGAUCAAAUCGCCCUCGACAACUCAGCUAACCAGGCAACUCACUCCUCCCGCAGACAACACAAUGAUUGCUUUUCCGAGAUUCAUCGUUCAGUAAUGCUAAAAACACUAACUCGAUCGAAACACGAUAUUGAAUCCUUGGGAACAGCUUAAUGCAUCGCAGCAGAAGAGCAACAGGUCGAUAGGGAAGGCACACCGCGAGAUAACGAUCGUGUUUCCACAUUUGUUGAUUGUUAGAAUAUGAAAUGAGAGUCAACGAGCAGUUGUCGACGUUGACACUCACCUACGUAUGUUAUGUUGCUUAAAUGCAUAGAGUGCAUUUGCGAUUCUCUUCUUUCCAUUGGUGCACUCGUACACUAUCCCCUUCCUAUCAUCUGCCGUAUGCAUCCUCUCGUCGUUACUUAGUGAAAGAUUUUAUUAUUCUCAAUUUUCUAUCCAAAAAAGAGCAGCAAGAGUAGGAGCAGGAAGAGCCCUAGCUUAAAAAAGUGGUAACAGGUGGGCAUACGAUUUCCAACGCAGCAUAGGAGCUCCCGCCGCGAAAUCACUCCGCCAAUCCCAAACCGCUUAAACCGAUUGGCGCCGUACGUUCGACGUGGCACAAAUUUAGGUUGUGUACCGAUGUGCGAUAUUCGAAGGGUCCUCUUCGGGGCAAAAGUGCUUGAUAAGACCCCCUACCUACCUUCCUCACUUUCGCUUCAACAUCGCCACAACCGAAUGCUAGCGAUAGAAGCUAUGGCAGAAGCGGUUCAGGAGAUCGGGUGACCGGAUGUACGACCGGUUUAGUAGCAAAUCAAGAAGUGCGGAAUCGACAGCAGUUCCACAUCAGGUGACCACAAAACCGAAACGCCUCUAGCUUAGAAAUAAAUUAAAACAAUUGAUUUCCGGUUUUUGUACGCGCGGCGUCCUCGGACUUCGAGUGUGGCCAGUGGCUUCACUUCCCAGCAAACGAACAAAAAAGAAAAGAGAAAAAAAAAAAACAAACAAAACCAUUCACUCCACGCUCUCCACACACAACACUAGCAAAACUAACUCGCAAUCUGCCGCCGCCGCGCCGCCUCUUAUAUUCGCAGCGCUGCGCGUGCGCUACAUACAUUAAGCUACUCACAUCCGCGAUCAAUCUAAUAUAAAAAAAGAGGAAGAAGGACCGAAAAAACAACAACCGGGGAGCAGCAGGAAGCGUGGCAAACCCCCUGGCAAAGGAACAAACGCGAAGAACGCGAGGAACGCGAGACCAAAGGCCACCUCGCGUCGGGAGUUCCACCACGGUCCACCACAAAACACUAGAGCUGUGUUAGGGGGGGGUCAGAGUGGAAAUAUGUAAUAUUAACAAUCCAUUUCGGUUCCUUUUUCAAAUGCAUUUUUUCGUAAUAAAAUA